GAAAGCUGAUAAAUAAAAAUUCCCAGAGGAUAGGCUAGGCCUAGGCCUAUGUUUGUUUAUAUUUCACCGAUGCUCUCAGAAUAAAUUCUUGAUUUCCCGACCAUCGUUAUGGACUCUUUACAUGCAGAACAGUUUAAAGAUGAAAUUCGAAGGUUGCAAACUGUGAACCAAGCUCUCCAGGAAGAGUUAACGCAAGUGCAGGCUGAUAAAGAGUUUGUGUGGUCACUAUGGCGACGGAUGCAGGUAGCAAAUCCAAACAUCGCUCAGGCUGUGGGCAUGGUGGUUCAAAGGGAAAAAGAAAAAUCAGAAAUGAAAGAUCGGAAAGUACUUCAGAUUUUGCAAGUGAAGGAUGACCAAAUUGCUGAAAAUUCUAAGGUUAUUGCACAACUCCAGCAGCAGUUGGGUGAGAUUUCUUCACAGUCAGAGCAUGAUGCAGAAAAUAGAGAGAAGAUUCUAGAUCUGCAAACCAGGAACAGGGAACUGCAGCUCAGGAAGGAAGAGGUAGAGAGCAUGCUUGAGGAGGAGAUCACAAAAAGUGAAAGUCGAGAGAAAACUCAUACAGAAGAACUUGCAAGAAUCACACAUGAGAAAGCUGAAUUGGAACUUAACAUUGAAUCUUUAUCCCAACGUGUCAUCAAAGCCCAAGAGGAGAUAGACAAACUACAGGAGGUCAGAGUUAAGGGUCUUGAAAAGGAUGUGGUGCGUUUAGAUAGACGAGCCACUCAAGCAGAAAUACAACUGAAGGAGAAAUCUGAGGCCCUUUUACAAUCUGAGUCAAAAGUGAUGAACCUCACCAAGAAGGUUAAUAAGGUUGAAGGUGAUUUGCAUAUUGCAAGGAGUGAAUUGAGUGAAGUAAGGGCAAGCCAUCAGCAGGGAUUACAGCACUCGGCCCAACAGGCAGACCUUAUUCGACAGCUACAAGCUCUUCAGCAUGACACCCAAAAAGUUAUCAAAAGCCAGGAAGAUGUUCAUCAUAUACAUACAAGUUCAUACGAAAAGAUGUAUAUUGAGUUAAAAGUGAAAUAUGACAAGUUGGUAUUGACUGAAAAGCACCUGCAACAGAAACUGAAAGAAUUGAUUAAGCCUGUAUCCACAAUGCAUGUACAAACACAGGUUAGUCCAGGACGCUCUGCCUCACGGCAAGUGCCAUUGGCAAGAGGUGGUGGUAUGGACAGGCAGAGCAGACCAAGACAGAGAGGUCAAACAUUCAACGGAAUUGGUGUACAAGACAUGGAAUUGAUGAGACAAGAACCUGCAAGUAGGGUGAGACUUGAGGACAAAUUUAGGGAGCCAUUCAGACGAUCGCAAUCAGCCUCACCAAGCCAUGGACAGAGUUCUUCUGAAUCGCUAUGGAGGAGUGAUGUAAGACAUGAGCUGAAGAAGAAGGAAAGAGCCCUAGAAGAAAACUAUGAAAGAAAGAUGUCUGAUCUUAGAAAACUCCUAAAACUUAAGAAUGAUGAACUGGAGACGAUGAGGAAAGUGCACAAUAAGAGGUUUCAUAGGUUGAAGAUUUUACAGGAGGACUGUACCAUCCUCAGAGAGCAGAUCAGUACUUACGAUGAAGAAGAACUGAAACCUACAAAAUCUAGAAAGCAUCAAAGAUCCAAUUCCAAACAACUUCAACAAGAGAACAGUGAUACAGUGUGGAAUGAGCUAGCUUACUACAAAACAAAGUAUACACAACUCAACAAAGAGAGAAUUGAUAUUCACGAGGAAGUUGAUAGACUCCGUGUUCAGACAGCAUCUGAUGCCACUACAAUUGCUGACUUAACAAGGUGUCUGGAGCAGGAAAGACUAGAUUUGCAAGGAGUUUUUGAAAAACAAAAUGCAACAUUAAAACUCUAUGAAAAGGAAAACCUGAAAUUUGAAGAGCAAUGCAGCAAGAAUAAAUUGUUGAAACAACAGCUUCAAGAUGAAAGGAAUGCGAAGGAGAAACUGGUUGCUGAUCAGCUGUUGAUUGAAAGAGAGGCACGAACUGCCAGGGCUGAUCUAACUACUGCAAAAAUAGACUUACUGAGUUGCGAGACAGAGUUGCAAGGCAAUAAACAAGAGAUUCACCGUCUGAGAAGAAAGAUAAAACGAAAGAAUAAAAAAUGGAAACAAUUAAACUCUGAUAGAAUGAUGGGAGCAAAAACUCCUAAACAGCACCAAAUACUUUUGAAUAAGUCCAUCUCAAGAAUGAAAGAGUUAAUUCCAGAAUUUGAGGAUGCUGAAUGGGAAGAUGUGGACUCAGACAGUGAUGGUAUUGAUAGCAGCAACACAGAGAGUCUAGGGCAACAUAUCAAGCUUACAGCCAGCAGAAUGUCUGCAAACAGGUCUUUUCUCAUGGAAUCCCCAAAAUCCCCCCGAGAGUUAAUUUCAGUUGAAACUUUCUUGCGCCGAAUGGCUAAAGCCUAUGAAGGGAAAUCAGCUGAGAAGACAAUAUUAAUGUCUGUUGCAACUCAAACAGAACGAGUUCAAGAGGCAGAGAUGAAGAUCCUAAGGGAUUCUUUGCUUGAACAUCAUGAUGAAACAUCAUCAAUGACAGGAAGCGAUGUAAGCAGCGCCAGCACUAUUAUUGCCUCAUCCCCCAAGAUUGAGCAACAACAUGCAUCAACAUCACCGCAUGUCCCCCUAACCAAGCUGCACAAAAUGCUUGCCAAGACCUAUCGUAGCCAGUCUGGGUUUGAGCCAACUAUUGGUAGCUUAAAGAACAGACUUGCAUCACUUCAGCAGCAGGUUGCAGCCACUAAAAAGUCAAAAGCAAUGCUUCAGAAAUCUGUAGACGAACUGACAGAAAAAUGUCAACAACUUCAAGCUGAGUUGAGCCUAAGUAACCAGAGGAUGAAAAUAGGCAGGCAAACCAUUCAACGGUUAACAGGAGAACUUGAGGAAAGCCAUCAUGAAACAGAGCUAAUCAAACAUCAACUUGAAGCCAACAGAAGGGAAACUAACACAGGCUUGAAACAAAUAAAACAUAGUGACACUGAUUGGAAAGACCUAGAAUCACGAAUCAAGAGCCAGUCUAGUGAACUGUCACGUCAGAGUUUGGUGAUUAAGAGCUUGAGAAGUGAAAAUGAUUCACAAACCCAGCAGAUCAAGAUACUGCAAGAUAGAAUUAAUCAUAAUGAGCGUGAUUUAAACCAGAAGAGGUCACUUAUGGAAGAUUUGAAAGCCAGGGUGAAAGUCGCAGACAAGAAGGACAAAUCAGACAACACUUAUUUGAGAGGGUUGGAAGAUAAACUGCAUGAUGUAACCGACGCCUGUGAAAAGAAAAAAACUGAAAUUAAUUCCUUGCGUAAAAGACUUGCCACGAUGACAAAAGAGAAACACAAAUAUGAAGAACUGCAUUAUCAAUUACAGGAAGAACUUAAAUUAACGAAAGCAGAUUUACGAAAAAUGUGCACUGACAAAAACGAAGCUGAGAAAACUGCCGUGGAUCUUGAAAAAACUGCAAUGAAACAAUUACAAAAUAUGACUCAACAAACUGAACAUAUAAUAGCAUCAGCUGACAAGAAGCUAACACACGAGGUACAAAAGCAUUGUCAGCUAAAGAUGGCCAUUGUGAUGUUAGCUGAGGAGUUUAUGAACCAGACCAAAGAUGCAAGAGAAUUGGUUCACCAGAUGAAGAAGUCUUUAGGUGAUCGAGGUAAGAUGGAUUCAUCUCUGACAAAGGCUCAGUCGAUAGCAUCCUCUAUUCUGGAUCUAACAGCAUCAGAUGUUGAGGAACUUAUGACCUUGGAAGAUUUUGAAGAACAUAAGAAAUUGGAAGGUAUGUUAAAGAAUGAAAGAAGAAAAGAUGAAAGAUGGAUGAAACAAUUGGAGAGUUUACUCAAUUCUCAGACUCACUUUGCCCAGAAGGUUUUUCAGAUGCUUAUGGAGAAGAUUAUAGAGCGAGAUAAAUUACUUUCAAAAGUUGAGGAAAGAGGAGCUACAGUAGGUACAUGAAAAUACUGACGAUGAUUGAUUGUACUGCUUCUACAGAUAUUCAUUUAUCUUAACUUGGAGAGAAAAAUCAAUCUUUUAAGAAAAAAGAAAAUGUGUUUGCCACAUAACGUUAUAUACUAUAAUUUUCUUUGUUAGUGUGUUGUUGGUUUUAAGUAUUUAAAUAUGAUGUAUAGUGUCCCAAAGAUUUUUGACGUCUUUUGUGUCUUGCCAAGGAAAGCAAUUUUCAGGAUUUAACAAAAUUGGUAACAAAUAAUAAUAAUAACAAUAACAAUCAUUAUUUUAACUGCUACAGUAUUUUAAAAUUUAAAAACAAAUGUUUAGCAUUAUACCUGUACAGUGUAUUGGAUUUCAAGUUUGAAUUAUAGAACUAUAGAGGGCGGUAUUUCAACUAAUUUGGACAAUUAAAAAUUAUUAUACUCUCUGUAGAGAAUAUUAACACCUUUGAUUGGUUUACUUUGAAUAUGCCUUAAAAUAAAAUAGUAUAUUGUUUUUUGGGGUUGAUUCUAUCAUCGUUUUUGUAUCAAAUAUAAGAAGUUAAAUAAAUUGCUAUAUUUUAGUA